AUGGAUAAGUUUGAAACCAUAUAGGGCAAACUAUUUUAUACAGUUUAUUUGAUGCAUAAACAAAAUGAGAUUAGUGAAGAAUAGAAAGGAAGAAUAAAAGGUAGAGAGUAGGUUUAUGUUCAGAUUUGAUAGUUUAAUGGGAUCCUCAAAUAUAAGAAAUUAGUAAGGAUCUGAAUAGACUAAGACAGAACUUUCUCGAAAUGGCAUGCUCAUACUCUGAUAAUGCAGAUUCAAAAAUAACCAAAAUAACUCCUCGAAGCUUAAGUCGUCUCAAUGUUAGGAUAGGUCAUAGUAACUUUAAGUUGGCAAAUAAAUCUUAUAGUUCAUUAUCAUCGCCUAUUGAUCAUCGUAAACCAUUAUUAUUAUGA